CAGCCCUGCGUGGCACAGGCGUGGAAGUUCAUGAGCGGUACCAGGUCAGAAUUGUUGUCGUUUUUAGAGCUUUAAAGGUAUUUUUCACGUACAGUUUCCACGUUCAAACAUCAUAGUUAACUAAAACAACAUUGAAACCAAGUCUAGGUGUGGUAAAAACAUUUGAAUCAACUGACUUAAAAGCUAAUUCAUAAAAAAAACUUAAGAAUAUUAUAUAGUUGCAAAACUAACUUAAUUGUUUUGUAUUUUCACAGAACUUUUUGCAGUUUUCACCGCAGGCUAAAGUCACACCCUGCAAUGCUCAGAGAUACUGCAGCUUAAUGAGGCUUUGGCAUAAAUUAAUAUCGAGUCUAUCAAAUGAAGCGUUGUGUUUGUAUUGUAAUACAUUUUCUGAACUUCCUAAAUCUUGCUUCUAACUCUUAACGCCCACAUUAUAAUAAGAAAACUAAAACCAACACUGAAACUGGAUUGUUAUUAUUAGAUUACUAAAUGAUUAUCAUGGCUUUCUUGGUCAAGUUGAGCCAUUGUAAUUACUUUAUUCCCUAUUGGCAGCUUUAACAUCCUUUAAAACGUUUUUUUUCUGAAACCAUAACAAAAAACAACUACAAAUAUAAUGGCGUACAUGGCACAUUUAUCUAUUGGAUGUAUUAAAGCAGAUUUUUAUACAUUUAAGUACUCACUUGUGUACACAUAACAAGAAUUGUACUUUAGUCAAGCACUUGAUUAAAUGUAGGUCUUAUCUGUACUCAUGUUUAUUUCAAACUGUGGGCUCUUAAAGGAAAAACAUUUCUAAGGCAGUAGAUUUUUUGGAGUUAACCCCAGUGUCUGCUGGAGGUUUUGUGGAAAAAAUUAAUACCUGACUGAACCUUUUGAAACACACUGAUCUGUUCUCUGUUUGCCACUGUUUGUUCUCACUCUUUGGUGUAACCACAAGCGAACAGCCUAGCUUUAGAGCUUGGAGAGUACCGAGAUAUACUGUAGUUCCUUAUCUGGAGAGCACAUGCAGGGUGGGCUAUAAAUGAAUAGGUAGGUUCUCUGACAGAUAAUGUUGUAUGCUUCAGAUCAUAUGCUGUCUCUCUCUUCUCUUCUCCAUCUUUCAGGAUCUACCUCUGUCACACCAGUCCUCUGCAUGUCCUCCUUCGCUACAUCCAUGAACCUUCUCUGAGGUCUUCCUCUUGUUCUCCUGUCUGACAGCUUCAUAUUCACCUUCCUUUGUCCAGUAUAUCCACUAUCUCUUCUCUGCACCAUGUCCAAACCCUCUCAGCCCUACCUCUCUAACUUUGUCUUCAAACUCACAACUCACUGCUGUCUCACGGUCCUCAUAUUAAACAAUCAAAAAAUGAUAUAGAACUUAAGGGGAAUGUUCUAUGUCACAGUAUUACAGUGUCACAGUAUGUCACAGUGCUCCAGGAUGACACAUAAGAAAGUAACAGCUUUCUAACAGAAAGUUUUUGAUCUUGGAAUAUGUACGUAGUAGUACCCACAGGCAGCCUGAAGGGGGCGACAGACUACCGGUUGCGCUGCUGCAGACAGAGGAAGAGGGUCUGCGGGUGCAGUUCAUGUUAGCCUUCACUAUUGCUGUUAGCAGGCACCACUGACAAGUGCCUCGCACAGUGUACUUCUAAAACGCGUUUUUGUUUAUUAAACCAGCUUUAAGAGUUCAAAUCGAGGAUCUUAAACGAUUCCUGCGCCAAGAUGAGCUUCCUGUUUGGUAGUCGCUCAUCUAAGACCUUCAAGCCGAAGAAGAACAUCCCAGAGGGCUCCCACCAGUAUGAGCUGCUGAAACAUGCAGAGGCAACGCUGGGUAGCGGAAACCUGAGACAGGCUGUCAUGCUGCCAGAAGGAGAGGAUCUCAAUGAAUGGAUUGCAGUGAAUACGGUGGAUUUCUUCAACCAGAUCAACAUGCUGUACGGUACCAUCACCGAGUUCUGCACCGAGACGAGCUGCUCCGUGAUGUCUGCAGGACCAAGGUAUGAGUAUCACUGGGCUGAUGGUACCAAUAUUAAGAAGCCCAUCAAAUGCUCUGCACCCAAGUACAUUGACUAUUUGAUGACUUGGGUGCAGGAUCAGCUGGAUGAUGAGACACUUUUCCCCUCCAAGAUCGGAGUUCCCUUUCCCAAGAAUUUCAUGUCUGUGGCCAAAACCAUCCUGAAGCGCCUGUUCAGGGUUUACGCUCACAUCUACCACCAGCAUUUUGACUCUGUGAUGCAGCUGCAGGAGGAGGCCCACCUCAACACCUCCUUCAAGCACUUCAUUUUCUUUGUUCAGGAGUUCAACCUCAUUGACCGGCGAGAGCUCGCUCCCCUGCACGACUUGAUCGAGAAGCUUGGAUCAAAGGACAGAUAGACAUUUCAUCACACGUCUUCCCUUCAUAACAUUUUUUUCUCCUUUUUUUCGCUGUCUGUGACCUCUUCUACCUCUGACUUCUAGCCUCAGCUCUGAAAAUCUGUGCCUUCCUCCUCGUAUCUCCUGAAUCUUUGCUGUAUUCUUUCCCUUUUGUUCCUUUCGGUUGUUUGCUGUCUUUGAGCCUCUGUUUUUUGUUUAUUUUAGCUUCACAAGAUCAUAAAAUAAUUUUGUAGAGUAAACUUUUUUUUUUAUAUACAGGACUGUGGUUAGUGACUCUUUAAGAGCAACCUACUGAUUUUUUUUUAUUUAUUUUUUUCUCUCAAUUGGACCAAGGACAUUUGGAAGUUGAAGUGAAACACAGCUGAUCCUCUGUAAUUACAGAAACUGACCAAAUGUAGGUUUUUCUUUUUCUUUUUUAACUCUCUGUCAUUAGUUUACAGGGAGAGUAACAGGAAGGAUUGGGGGUAGUGACGUUAACAAAGGUUUUCAGAGGGCUUUUGUAACAUUACAUGAAGGCAGGCAAAAAAAUGUAACAGUAUAUUAUAGUAUAUUAACAGUAUAUAGAGCUCUGUCACGCGCUAGUUGUGUAUCUGAUAUCCCACACGCUAACAGGGGUCUGAUUAUGUGACGAGAUUCAGUGAUAGUUAAUCGUAAGGUGCCUUUCCUCUUACACCAUAAAAGAACAUCAUCUUAGACUCCAGUAGUUUCAGUUUGAUCACACAUUACUGUCUUUUUGCACUUUUUUUCCUUCCUUAUUUGAUUAAAAUAGUAAAAUGUGAGAUAUAGUGCUUUUAUUUACAAUUUGGUUCCACCUAUAGCUUUUAUAAUGACCCUGUGAAGGGACUAUGUAGUGUAAAGUCAACCUGUUAACAGCAAAAUAUAAUCUGUGAACUUUUUAAAAAAUUUUAGUUCUUUUCUGUGGUGCCGAUUAAAGUCAGUGCUGGUACUUAGUUUCUUUGUUUUUCCUUUUAUUUUCAAAAUUUGUACUAAAUAUUCCCCCUGAAAUGGACCAUAGUGGAUAAUUAUUACUAUUAUUACACCUGUACACCUGAGAUGUAUGCAGUAUUUCAGGCAUGGGCAGUUCCUCCGGCUUCAAACAGCAGGGCUGUUUGUACUACCAUCUUUUUAUAAACUGAAGCAGAUUAUAUUCCUGCUGAAUGCUUUGUCUGGUUUUAUCAAGGGAAUUCUUGUUGGACCUAAAUUUCUAUUGGACAAUCACGUGACCAAUUAUGAUCUUAAAUUAUGCACAACAGGAACUAACUAUUAGAUUUAGGGGCAGCAGGAUUCAUUUUAUUUUUUGUUACCACUUUGUAAGAAAGACUUGUCGUCAUACCAAGGUAAAGGUGUAAUUGUAAACUUUUAGUUCACGGCUCACAAGAUGCUAGUCAAGUCAGUACUCUGCAGGCAUUUCCAGGCAUUACCUUGAAUCUGUAUUCAAUGACAUGUUUUUGAAAUUUAUUUUCUUUUUUUUUUCCCCUCAUGAUUUUUAUUUUUAAGAUUUUGGUAUGACGUUACAUUUCAUAUUGCAUUGCAAAAUGUUGGCUUUAUCUUUUGAAUCUUGUUUAACAAAAAGGGCUUUGAAAUGAAUGAAACCAGUUUUGUUUUUGUUUUUUGUUGUUGUCUUUUUUUUUAUUGGACCAAUUGUUGGCUGGUCAUUCAGGCUAAGAAAGAGUUGUUUGUAUGUACCACGUCCACACAUUUGCUGUACAUAAGAUCAGUGUUUUCUCUGAACAAACCUGUGCCUUACCAUAAUGGAAGUGUCUGAUAUGAUGGCAUUGAUAGAUCAGAAACUCAAUAAACACUGAAAAGACA